GUCUCUGCAGUGCCAGCAGAAAAUGAAAAGAAGGCGGACCUGACAUCUCUUCUAUUGAGUUUAUUUCUCACAUAACAUCCUUCACGUAUGUGUUUUGAAUGCCGCAGUCGUGCGGGGACAGUGUGGAGACACCCGGUGGCAUGACUGGACUCCCGUGUGCGCGGUUUGACGAAGUAGUGCGCCGACUGUGUUGGGAACACCGCACCGGCCGAGAGUAGACUGUGUGGGUGAAGGCAGAGCGGUCCUGCCCCCUUCAAUGACCAACCUUCAGUGCUAGCGAUAAAAGCUUCGCUGGCGACACCGCAACCAUGGAAGGCUACCAUGAGUAUCCUUAAGUAGUCCUGCUGCAGAGCUCUGUGCCCGAAGUAUAACGGUUUCAAUAUGCCCGACCGGCAGUGCUCCAUGAGGCUCUCAGUUGCCUGAUAUUAACGUUACAGGCCUGCUUUUUCCAUCUGGAAAUUUCUUGGCAGGGGAAAGCAGGCCAGCUAGCACCGCUAGCCUUUGCCUUCUCCGCGCUGCAUCCCUGGGCUUUGACGGUGCAGAUUUUUCCAUGACCACACCAUUGACACUGUCGUCCAACAAUUCGAGGACUUUUUAACUCCAAAAAAGUAUUUUAUGGGAUUCAUAUCGGCGAAUGAGAAGCGGGCCUAAGCCAAAAUGGUGAACUGGAGGCGGCUGCUGCGAAUGUCCAACCGAUCGUUUCUGGCCUUCAUAUUCUUCUUCUCCAUGUCCACCACUUGUCUCUACUUCAUUUAUGUGGCUCCUGGAAUAGCCAACACAUACUUCUUCAUGGUGCAGGCUCAGGGCAUCAUGUUGAGGGACAACGUGAGGACCAUAGGCCAGAUGAUUCGAUUGUACACCAAUAAGAACAGUACACUCAACGGGACGGACUAUCCUGAUGGCAGUAACUCCAGUGAAUACCUGGUGCAGCCAACCACGUACCUCCCUGAAAACUUCACCUACGCCCAGAACCUCCCCUGUCCAGAGCGAUUACCUUCUAUGAAGGGCCUUAUGGAGGUGAACAUGACAGAGAUCCCCAUGGAGGAGAUAGAGCUGAAGUUCUCCAAGUUUUACGACAUUGAGUUUGGAGGCCAUUGGAAACCAAAGGACUGCAGACCUCGCUGGAAGGUGGCCAUCCUGAUUCCAUUUAGAAACCGCCAUGAACACCUCCCCAUCCUCUUCCAACACCUCAUCCCUAUGCUGCAGAGACAGCGGCUGCAGUUUGCCUUCUACGUCAUCGAACAGAGUGGGAGCCAGCCCUUCAACAGAGCCAUGCUGUUUAACGUGGGAUUCCUGGAGGCCAUGAAGGACUUGGACUGGGACUGCUUGAUCUUCCAUGAUGUUGACCACAUCCCCGAGAAUGACCGCAACUACUACGGCUGCGGUCAGAUGCCACGCCACUUCGCUGCCAAGCUGGACAAAUACAUGUACAUCCUUCCAUACAGCGAGUUCUUUGGUGGUGUGAGUGGACUCACUGUGGAGCAGUUCCGUAAGAUUAAUGGCUUUCCCAAUGCAUUCUGGGGCUGGGGAGGAGAGGACGAUGACUUGUGGAACAGGGUUCACUAUGCUAGUCUGAAUGUCACUCGACCAGAGGGAGAGAUCGGCAAGUACAAGUCAAUUCCUCACCACCACAGAGGAGAGGUACAGUUCCUUGGGAGGUAUAAACUGCUGAGGUAUUCCAAAGAGCGGCAACACUUGGAUGGCCUCAACAACCUCCAUUACAGCCCCCAGAUCUCCUUAAGCAGCCUCUAUAAGAACAUCACGGUGGACCUGUACCCCGAGCUCGCUCCUAUCGCAGACUACUGAACUGCCCCCACCAACCCCCCACCCAACCCCUCCUCCACACCCCCAGCUCACCCAGCUCCCCUCCGGCCUGGCCUCCUAGUGCCCUGUUCAGCCCGAGGCAGAGCAGUGGUGCAGCUGAGGAGAGGAGGGGGGCACAGGCCGGGAGGGGUGAAGAGGCACACCAUGUAAUGCUGCCAAGAAAUCUUAGUGAGGAAAAAAAAAGAAAAUCCAAACCGAAAAAAAAGAGGAAAAAAUGAAGAGGCAGUGGCAAGUCUCUCACAGUGAACUGUUGAUUGUGUGUGUGUCUGUGAAUCUGUGUGUGUGCGCGUGUGAGUGUGUGUGCGUGUGUGAGAUGGAUGAAUUGCUGCAUGUCUUUUUGUCCGUGCCGGCUUAACUACUACGAGUUGACAUGAGUUGGUUUAGGUUGGAGGGAGCAGCAGCAUCUCAGCUCUGAUGUUUACUGCAAAGCCUUAAUGUGGCAGAACCACAGCUCCCUCUGCUCGGCUCCGCACUGCUUCACUUCUGAUGUAUCACCGUCACCUUACAAGCCAACAGACAAGUUCUUGUCUCACUUUCUACUAUCAUUUGUUUUAUACAUAUCAUUCUGUUCGGCCACAGUAUUCCUUUAUAAGGAGGGAUCUGAGCGAGGUUGACUUUAAUGUUUGUGAUGUACUUUUUCUUUUAUUUUUUUUUUUAAUUUUGAUACGUGGUAUUUAUUUUUCUCUGAUUCAGGAUGUUUAAAGAAGCACUCCUGGCUGUGUCACUAAAGUGUUCGCUGUUUGUUUUGCUGCACUGCUGCUGAAUCCGCAUGAACAUGUAUGUAAAUAUCGGCCUCUUAAAGCUCGAACACAGAACACAAAUAUGUAAAUAUGGGCCUUUAAAUGCUCGGGCAUAUUACAGUGAUAUUCCAGUGAGGUUUGAAUUUUAUUUUGGCAGCUACCUUCGUUCUAAGGAUUUAAUAAGAGUGAGUGGUUUCUUCCUAUCAGGAAGAUCUUCUAACAAUAUAGGAUGUUUGGCUUAAAAAAAACUGAAGUAUCCAAAUCUUAAGAUUUGACAUUAUCUUUUGCAUGCCUUAAUUUAUUUUGUUUACCAGAUUUUUUUUUCUUUUCAAGCAUAAAUUAUUUCAUCAGUUAGAGAUGUGUACAUUUUUAAUUUUGCCUUUUGUUGUGCUUUUUUUUUUUCCCUUUUGAGGUGCACUGUGUGAAAAGAGUAGAGCUGCUCCUCAGAAGGAGGGAGGCCUUACUGAGUCUCUCCUCCAUGACUUUGUACAGGGAGCAGGGUCGGCCAUUACAGCAGGAGUGUGUCCACACAACAUGCUUUAGUGCAGGUUCAUGGUCUCAUGUGAGUGUAUAUUUUUUUGUCUGAGAUGUGUUUUUAUUUUUUAGAUUUUUUUUAUGAUUUUUAUUCAGAUGAUUUAGUGCUGGACCAUGUGAUAAAGCUCUUCAUUGUACUGUACCAUGCGCUGAAGCAUGGGGAUUUGGGCUGGAUGCUGUGUGUCUGGACUGUGGUGUUAUUAUUUUUUUAAGCUCGUCAGGCAGUCAGAAGGGCCAGAAUGAGAGAACCUUAGCGUCGGCUCCUUACGGCUGAAGCUACUGCUGUUCUUGAAUGGCACACGCUGUGAAAAGUUUAAUUUCUUAAAGCUUUGAGCACUAUAAAGAUGGAGAGAAAUGUGUAGGCAGAUUAUUUUUGACCAGAUGUUCACUGUUAAGAUUAUCCUCUACAUUUCUAGGUUUUUGAAUUUGAACAUGAAUAGUUGUAUGUUUGGACGUUGUCCUGAGACGUUAAAUCAGAACUCUGGCCAUUUUUUGACCCGGACCUUACUUCCUGUCCUGUCAGACUAUUUAAUCUUGUUACUUGCUUCAUGAUGACUCCCUUAGAGGCCCCUAUACACUGUGCGAUUGUGGUCUUUGUUAGUCCAAGCUGUGGUCCUACGUCUCACUGGGAGACUCGUCCUCCAGUGGCCAAUUUAGAGCUGUGGUGACCAAAGACAUGUAAGAACUUUAGAACCAAAUAGUCUCUAUGUGACUGCUGCUGAGACCCACAUCUACAAACCCACCAAUCAAACUGUCCAACCUGACAGAUAAGCACAUACACAUACCACAUUAGCUGUGUGCUGUAUCUAUCUUUGGUGUCGUAAAAGUCAUUUUUUAUUGUAAAAAAACAACUUGCCAUGAGGUACAUUUAAUACCUAUUCUGGAGUUCUUGAUCAUAUCACAUAAUCCUCAUCACAAAAUGGAGAUUGCCCUGUUGUCACGGAGACAUAGAUGGAUAGAUAGUAGCAGAUAGGCAACUUGGGAAAAUCUGGCUGCUGAUGAAGAUCAUGUGAAAUGAUUGAAAGCUCCAGGGGAGCUACUAAAUGGUCCUUGUUGUGAGACUGUUUUGGUAAGGACUGAGCAUUAAACCCAACAUGCAUUUUUAAAAACAUGAGUGGCAGCAUAUGGAUUAUGCGUCAUUUCUUUUUAGAGAUGAACCAGUUUGUCGAUUAAUCAGUUAGUCGAUGAUAGAGGAAGUUGAUCUGCAAUUAUUUUGAAAAUUGAUUAGUUGUUUCAGUCAUUUUUAAACAGAACAAGCAAAUAAAAGCAUCACAUAGGACUCUGUAAUUUGCAGAUUAGUUGAGGAUAACAAUAAUUAGUUGCAGGGUGCUUAACUGUUUUUUGUCCGCCAGCUAAAUGGCUAGUGAAUCUUCAGAUUAUACCAGCCACUCUACAGAUGACCAUUAUGUUUUUUGGCUGGUGAGUGAAGCAAAUCUACCAGCUACUCACAUAUUUUGACAGCAUUUGGCUGGCGGACAGUGUUAGUCUUGUACCCUGGUCACAGCCGUAAAAUUGUUUUCUAUUUUGGAUGUACAGUAGCGCUGCGGUUGACCACACUCUGACAUGCCUCGACACUGAUAUGAUACAGUCACACUAAUGUCGACCAAAACUGUAUGAGACCCAUCUUGUGUCUUGUGUCAUCAUGGUAACACCCAGUGUCCAGGGUCUGCAGUCAUGUUUUCUUGGUGUGUCUCUCCUGUCAGUACAAGCAGGCUAAUAACAGCAUGGCUUAUUUCAAAGUGGUGACACUCACUGUGCAAUAAGACAUGCUAGUGUUUCAGUAAUUUUGUACCACUUUUCACCGGGGUGCUUCAGUGGUGCUUUAAUGACUCGUGCUGUGUUGAUUCUUUGCGUGCUGUUUAAUAUUUGGAGUGGCACACACCUGAAAGCCUGACACAGGUGCACAUUUAGCAAAGCAGGUGAUGAGAUUUUGUCGACAAUAGAUGGACAGGCGAGAUAACGGAAAAUAGGUCUCAGGUAUAAAAUGGCCAGAGUAAUGUUUCUAAUUUAUUUUCUAUAGUUUUCCUCCACACAAACGCUGCAAGGCCUUCUGGGAAAGGCAGUCUUUAAGCCACGGUGGAUAUAUCCUGACCUCACCUGCCCCCCACCCUUUUCCCAAAAGCCCUUGCAGCAGCAAUCGUCAGAGCAGCCCGUAUAUGUUUACAGUUUUUGUUUGUUUGAUUGUUUGUUUUUCCUCAAAGGCAGACACAGCUGAGCCUCACGCUACAAUACAAUCUGGUUGGUGUUUAGCUACAGAGCUAACACAAAAUUGCAUGUGGAUCAGAUGAGAGAGAAGUGCAGAGUCACCAGUCAGUCUGAUGUUGUGCUGAAGUGCACCUCUUUUAGCCGUGCUCCUUCCUGUCGGGAGAACUGGGGGACUUUGAGAAGUGCUGGUUUAGCAGAUGAUUCUCUUGUGCUACGCCUUUCUUAGCUUAGAACCACAUUUUUGCAUAAGAGGAGAAAUCAGCCCUGUUUAUAGGUAACUGACUGCGAUCAGACCGUGUAGCAGUAAGCUGGAGUAUUCUUUAGAAGUGGAUGCUUACUUCAUCACAACAUAUUUGUGACUCUUGGUGAUCAGCUGGUUAGGGCAUAAACACUACCCCCACCCCCGCUAGACACACACACACACCUUGUUGAUCUGCCCCUCCUGUUGUUACAGUGUCUAAAGCAGCAGUAAUGCCUUAAUUAUGAAUUACUGUUCAUAGUGAAAUAUCUGAGAAGCAGUGUCGAGAUUUAGUUUGUAAACAUUUUCAAUAUCUGUGAACCCACUUCCACAAGCCUGGACUGAAUCAUCUGGUACAGUAGUUAAUACAGUACAUGUGAAGCUGUUGGAGUUUUUCUUUGAGGGUUAACCAAAAAUGUCUCCAUCACAAAUUAUUGAAUAUCCCAAACUAUCUAAAAACAGAGAUUUCUUUUUACGAAUUGUUGUGCAUUAUUUUUCUUUUCUCUGUUUAAUUCAGAGUGCAGCAUCACAAUGACUUAAUGUAAGAAAAGCGAGUGUUUCCCAGCAUGAAGAGCUGUUGACAAGUCAGUCAGCAUGUAGCGCUUUAGAUCAGGCUACAUUCCAUUACGCUCAUGGAUCUGCUUAGUGCAUCGUUUGCAUGGCCGAAGCCAAAACUCUCCAGAUGCCAAAUGCUAAACUGGGUAGAAACUUGUCUUGAAUCAGUUUUCUAAAUUGUUUGUAUUCAUCCGCAGCUCUGAUAAGUGCUGGGCGUCGGGUCAGUGGGUCCCAGUAUAAGCUGAGGUUGACCCCACCUGCCCCUGCAGCCCUGUUUAUCACACAUCUGAAAUCUAAAAGUAUGUAAGACCGUUCAGAUGCUGUGUCCACCAUUAGACAACUGUAUUCCAUUUUGCAGUAUUUAUUUGUGCCUUGAGUUCUUCCUUAUUUCUUUCUUUUUUACUUUACAUUGUAAAUGAAGAGAUUACAAAUGUUUUUGUUUUUCCUGAAUUUGUCAACUUUUGGUCCCCUUCAUAUUAACCAUAUCAACAUGUGUGAAAUAUGUCUACAAUAAGAAUCCAAAAGAUCUGAUGAUGUUCAUGGCUGCCUUGACAUCGUGUAAUAAUCCACUGUGACUGCCAGUGGGUCAUGUUCAACAAAAGCUUUGCCCAUAUGCACUAAGCGACUGAGCUGCAAGGGCUCUCUGCACAUGUGCAUGUCCUCGCAGUCGAGAUUUAGUCUCAUUUCCCUAAGAAAUUCAUACAAAUCAAACUUAGCUGUCCUCCAAAAGAACAAGCACAUAUCCUUCUGUCAUCAAUGAUUUCAAGAACAACUUGCUGAAGCUGUAAGGCUAAUCCACCAAUCCAGAAUCCUGGUUUAUAUAGCCUUCAAUCUGCAUGGCCUAGCCUACAAAUACAUAUGUGGACGAAGUAUGUAAUUCCAAUCUAGUUCCCAUGUGCAUGAUGACCAGAGCAGGUACACAGCGGCUUUGCUUUUGUGAACAGCGCUGCGGGCAGCUUUCCACUGAUGAGCAGUUACUGAACAGCAUGAUGUUGUGAUGUGUCCAUGUUGGUGAUUCGACACAUUCAUCCCCGUGCUAAUUAAUCUUGGUUCCAGUGUUUUACAUUUCAUUAUUGUGACAUUGUUUAAAAAAAAACUUUUUUAUUUGACUGAUUAUUAAUAAUCAGAACCUGACUGAUAAAUCGAUUCAUACCUGCCACUUCACAGAUAUAUCAGUAUUGGCGCAUAUGCCAGUAGAUAGAGAACAAUGUGCAUCCACAAAUACCAAAUACAUGCUUGAAGUCGUUAACAAACAGUCUUUCUGUUGCAUAAUUUGUCCACCAGAGAGAGCUGACAAGUUUAUUUAUCGACUGCAAAAUGCUCUAAACACGUUUGGAUCACAUUCUUAAAGAAUCACUUUGUAAAAUAUUUAUUACAAAGUUUACGCACUGGAAAUUUUCCAGAGUUUUGUGGCCUCCAUCUGCAAAUGGAAAUUGCUCAUAACUAUGGUAAGAGUAGAGCUGAAAUCUUCUGAUGUUGGUGUAUUGCAGAUGGUAUCGCUGUAUAUGGUAGCCAUCAAGUAAGAAGAACUUGUCUUAAGAAAUGCACCAAAGGGUCUGUUAGUAGCUUCUGGAGCUCUGGAUUUUUAUCAAUUAAUCUUCUGCAGCAGACUCUGUCUCAACUUCUAAGCCAACAUUGACGGCAGGUCCUUGAAAAUACUAAAUGUUCAAAAACGUAUUUUGAAUUCAUCCCAAAAGGGCAACAUUCAUCUGCUGAGGAAGAUCAUGUGAUACAGUUUAAAGCGCCUGAAAAGCUACCGAUGGACUUUAAUGUGAGAAACCAAGAAUGGGUUGUCCCAAAAUGUUUGAAUUUAUUUCAGCAUGGUGUUGUCUUUACAUAAUUUGUCCACCAGAGAGUGCUGACUAGUCUUGGAAACAACAAAAGAACAAACUCACGGGAUCCUUACCCAAAAUGUUUGUGCUUAUGUAAAAUGAGUAUUGGUUGUAAUGUUAUCAAGUUUUUGCAUUCAUCCAAUAUAAAUAUCAGUAUCUGCCUCAGAUUCCAGUAUUGUCAGGCCCCAAAUGAGAACUGAACCAUUUUCAUUAUAAGUAGACAAACACCAUCCCCUGAUGAAGACCACGAGAUGUGGCUGAAAGUUUCCAGUAAGCGGACCUUGUGUUAAGAGUUCUGUUUUUGUCAGACUGCUAUUUCUUUGGUCAGUAUUGAACCCUCUGGCGCAACUACACAGUUGAUAUAUUGUCAUCAGAUAUUGUUUUUAAUCAGUCUGGGUGUUUGACCACAUCACACACAUGAUUUGGACGGUCCAACAUCUUUUCUUUUGAAGUUCUUUGAUCCUCUGUAUGUCCUGAUCGUCUGAUCACCAACUUCUUUGUUUCCACAUGAGUCCGCAUUGAAGAACGAAGCUGAGUCCCACACUGAGCCAACCCUGUGAACAUUUUAAUGUAGCACCCCGACCCCACAACCUCCCCGCCCAACCACCCCCUUCCCCACCCCACCCCACCCCCCCUCCAGACAUCAAUCACUGAACUUCUUUACAUGGUGAAGUUAGAUCCAUUGUCAGAUUUCUGCAGUCUUUGGUAACAGACAGUAUAAACAGUUUGAGUCUGGUGUUGAAUUGUUACUUUGUAAAGUUUUUUUUCUUUGUCAACAGAAGACAAAAUAAACACUUCAUUGCCAUAUUCUGGAAAA